AUAGUUAAGCAAAAUUUAUCCAAAUUAUCAUCUCCCAAUCAAAUGUCACCUCAAAAAAUUUGUAUUUAGUUUGUUGAUAACGAAACAAAUAUAUAAUUAAAGAUGUCUUUUCUUCCAUUUGGAGGCGGUGGUUCUUCACAACAGACAAUAAAUCAGCAAAAUGUUGCUAUACUAGAACAAGAAUAUGAAGCUGUAACUGAAACAUUUAAUAGAAUUGUGGAUUCUUGUUUUAAAAAAUGUAUUCCUCCAAAAUAUAUUGAAGGUGAAUUAAAUAAAGGCGAAUCUGUCUGUAUUGAUAGAUGCUUUUCUAAAUAUAUUGAUGUUACAACAAAAAUUGGUGAAGCCUUAACUAAAAAAGGACAGGAAGCGGGUGCGAGGACUGGUGGUUUCAGUGUAUAAAGUUAAUUUUCAAGCUGAUUCGUUUAAACCAAUUUUUUACUAAUAAAAUUUAUUAAGAUGUAAAAUUCAAACAACUACAUAAUUCGCUGUAAAAAUCUUAAAUUAUUUUGACAGACAGUAUGUCACCGUCCUCCAAAUCUGUAUUUAUUAAUUUUUCAUGAGGUGACAAACGCUCAUCUUCAAAUAUUAAAUUAAUCUCUCUACUUUUUGAUACCCCUUUUAUUAUUCGAUAGCGGUCAAUUACCUCUUGAAUUGUAAGUGACUAUAAAAAAGGAAAGUGUUUAACUUAAUUGAAGUAACUGUACUGUAACGGGUUUAAGACAAGACUUACUUUUUUGAUUUUAAGCUUUUCAA